CUUAUUUCUGAGCUGGCAAGCCUUACUUCCGCAACGCUCCAGUCGUCAGCUGUGGACUAGAUGUAUAUGCUUGCGGUCGAGAAUUCCUAACUUUACGGACUACGGCGCAGCAUAUAGUCACAUUGCUCUAUUAGACGUUUCCGCAAGUAUCAGCUUGUAUGGGGCAACUGAAAGCGGAUGAAAAGCAGCUACCGCUGCAAGCGACAGGCGACAGCCCCAAUGGGCCUGCUGGCGGCAGCAGCGCAGUCGAUAUGCGCUUGAAUGGCAACGCAUUCAUCCGCUUCAUCUCGGGUCCCUACUUCGACGUCAUUCCCAUACAGUUCGAGCGUAUUACCAAAGCGCGACGGGAUGCCAUAGCCAAGGGCCAAGCGCCGGCGGACCAGGGCCGUGCCCUCGAGUACCUCAAGAAACUCGAGCACCUUGCCCUCACGCAGGUGGACACCGAUGGCAAGUACGGCCUCAACCCAGAUGAGCUGGUACCGCUGCCCUUCGAUGUGCCCCUGUGGCCGGCUUACCUGGUGGACGUGCUGGCGGGGCUGUAUCAGGUGGCGCAGGCCACCAUCGUCAUGUUCAUUGCCAUCUAGGUUGAGAACCAGGAUCGCUCCUGGAAGAGCGGCAGCAGCUACACGCACUCCUGGCAGCCGCUUGUGAAGGCGCUCAUCAUCAUCUACCCACUCAUCACACUCAUCUUCCUGGUCAACUUCACGCUGGAGUACUGCGUGAGGAAGUUUAUGUACUUCCGUUUGCUGUCCAUGCGUAUCCUGGUCGACUGGGAGAACAAAGAGGUGUGGCAGACGAUGUUCUUCUACUACUUCCUUGGCACCUGGGCCAUGAUGAACGCCUGGGCCAUCUGGGGAGUGGCAGAGUACUAUGGAAAGUACGGCAACAAGGGAGUGGACCAGACAUCCUUCGGGACGCUGGUGGUGGUGAACCUGCAGACCAUCCAGCUGCUACUGUACUACCUCAAGCUGCUCUCCUCCGAGACGCGCCUGGUGUCCCUCAACCAGCUGUUCGAGCGGGCGCCUGUCGAGGCACAGCACCUGCUGGAAUACACGUACGUGGUGGAGGAAGACGACGUGAUUGAGGAGUGCUACCGCUUCUCCCAGGCCACGCAGUACACGGGGCUGCUGCGUGGCGUCAACAUCGCGACAUUCGGACUUGUAGGCAAGAGCUGGCUGAACGACAUUGACAAGGCCACCUUCAGCAUCGACCGGCUGAAGCAGAAAGCGGGCAACUAUGAGGAGGUGGAGGAGAAAGUGAAGCAGCUGCGUGCCAGUGUAGCCGCCCGGCAGCAGCUGGGGAAAGCGGAGGCGAGCGUCGCUGCAGAUGGCGCACGUAAGCCGGGCGAUGUGACGUUGAUCGUCAACAACAACAAUGCCGCCACCGCGGCCGCUAUCGCAGCCAACCCGACCACCACCACCAGCAACAGCAGCAAGUCCAGCGGCCUGCGGCGCUGGUGGUUCUCGCGCAUGUACGCCUCCAAGCACUCGCUGGCAGUGACCUUCAUGGACCACUACCACAGCUGGCCCUUCAGGCCCGACGUCAAGUACUUCAGGAUGCUCACGUUCAUCCAGGCGAUUAGCGUGUUCGCUGUGGGCGCCAUCGUGGUGCUGGGCUGGCAAUACUCUGCGCGCGACUCCACGUGCGCCAAGUCCGCCAAGUCCUGCAACACCUGCCUGGCCGUACACGAACGCUACUUCAACUCCGCUGAGCCGCUGUGUGACGCUAUGGAGACCGCCAUCACUCGCAUCGUCGCCAGCGCGAACGGCACCUGGCUGGAUAACGGUGUGCUGGAGGAACGCUACUGCAACUUUGAGUGCUACGGCAACUUCACACCCUCACAGACGUGCCCGGCGUUGGGCCGAUAGUACUUGGAGUGCUAGUGGUUGGGGUUGCAUGUUGGAAAACGGGGUACAGCUACUGGGCUUUGAAGAAGAGAGGGCUUGGAGACGUAUAUGUGGUUUACAUGGAUUCUUGGUAUUCACGUGAUCAACUGUAGAGCAAGGACUGGAAGGGGCAUAGGGGUGCAGCAGUCACCCUCGUAAGCCGGCGAAGCAAGAGCUCGGUUAGGCUGUUGCGGGGUGGUUUGAGACCAUCACAGACCAGGGAGACAUGUGGGAUUAUGGGAUUGUGGAUCCGUUGUCAUGGUUGUUGGCAGUUGUCCUCUGGUAUGUAGCAGGUUGCGAAUUCCUCAAAUUGGAAUUGCGCAGUUGUAGGGUGCAUUAGCAGAGUGCGGUAUGAUACCGGUAACGUGUGCCUUUCCAGACCAUGCAUGAGCAGCAUGACUACCUAAGCUAUGGAUGGACGCAUGCGUGGUCGAUGGGAGCGAUACACCCAGCGUGAUCCUUUUGCUUUCACAUACAGCCUGGUAGGGCGUGAGGGACGGAGGCUAUUCCUGCACGAAGCGUACGGUUGUGUUACCUGGCUUGAUGAUUCAGAUGUACAUGAGCAAUAGUUGGUGUUAUUGGGUGGAUCAUUGUAGAAGUGACAGGGGUUCUUCUGAUAGGAGGUUUUUUGGGUGUUCAGGCCUCACGACUUUGCGUUCAUAGAAGCGUAGGUGGAGGAGCGCUAUCGUGGGUCGGCGUUGCACAUGGGCAAUAGGAACUUCUACUCGUAAGGUUGCGGUGGCUCCUCCCGUGGCG